AUGGAUGUGUCGAGUCUCAAAGAUUUUAAGAAACUCAGGAUUUGCUAUUUGCAUUUUGCUGAGGAUGAUUAUAAAUUGGGAUAUGCACAGCGAAAAUUAAAAGAUAACGUUGUUCCAUCAUUGAAUUUAAGUGGAUAUUCUGAAGAAAAUCCCAGUAUAAAUGCAUCAGUGCAUGAUGUGGCAUCAAAUAUACAUACACAACACAAUAUUAUGGAAGAUGUACAUGAGGAAAGGAAUGAUGAUGUCCUUACAGAAAAUAAGAAUAUCUCUUAUGAAGCUGGCCCUAGCGUAAGUUCUACACCCAAACGUAAGAGGCUUCAGUUAUUACAGAAUAAUGAUUCUGAAAUCGAUUUAACACCGAAGGCUGCACGGCUGUAUAACAUAGCGACACAAAUUCGAAGAAAGCAGCUAAAUGUAUCCAAAACAUUAAUUGGGUACAGAAAAAGGUUAAGAGAAGCUCAGAAGUGUACUGAAAAUACAGUAUUUUUAAAGCUUAUGUCUACUCUUUCUAAACCUCAACAGCUAUUUCUUAGCAUGCAAUUUCGCAAUUCUGAAUAUAAACCUCAAGGAAGAAGAUUUACAAUGAAAGAAAAAGUUCUUGCGUUGGCAUUAUACAAGCAGUCUGGAAGGUGUUACAGACUAUUAGAAAGUAUAUUUCACCUUCCGUCUGCAAGAUCAUUGAGGCAGAUCUUAAAUAGAAUUAAUGUCAAUACAGGGUGCAAUCAAUUCAUAUGUCGACAACUGCAGGAAAAAGGUACAACAAUGAGCAGCAUAGAUAAAGUGUGUUGUGUAAUGUUUGAUGAGAUGGCAAUACAACCCCACGUUGAAUACGAUCAAGUAUCGGACUGUAUCGUGGGGUUUGAAGAUUAUCAGACUAUAAGAACGAUGAAAUACGCAGAUCAUGCGUUGGUAUUUAUGAUUCGAGGUAUACAUACCGGGUGGAAGUUCCCUGUUGCAUAUUAUUUUACGGAAAAUCAGGCAAGUACCGCACAUUUAGUACAAUGUAUUACAGAAAUAAUACAGUCUGUAGUGGAUAGUGGUUUCUUGCCUGUUGCGCUUAUAUGCGAUCAGGGAAAAACAAACGUGGCUGCAAUUAACCAAUUAAAAGCAGACACAAGGAUAAAUAUGCAGGACAAAGUAGAAUAUAGUAACACUAUCUACCUUGCUGGAGUAGAAAUUUGUCCUCUAUACGAUCCACCUCACCUGAUGAAGGGGAUCAGAAAUAAUUUAUUAACUAAAGAUAUAGAAUUAGAUUUUAAGAAUGAAGGAAAUGAACGGCGCUUUGCGCAAUGGAAAAUAAUUGAACUGGCGUAUAAAAUGGACAUCCAUUCAAAAUCUAUAUGUCGAUUGAUGCCGAAGCUAACAGAUGAGCAUAUUUUGAAGCACAAAAUCAGGAAAAUGAAAGUUAAAUACGCGACACAAAUUUUGAGUCGAUCUGUGGCAGGAUUCAUAGACCACCACACAAAAUUUGAUAGCGGAAUGGAGACAGAGAUUGGCCAUCUCCGAAUGCCGGUAAAGCAAGGCCAUGACACGGCGGAAAUGGCGUUAUUUUUCGACAGGCUAUUCGAUUCGGUUAAUGGUCAUUCGGUAAAGCCCGAAACAGAACUCCGGAGUAUAGUUACCAGAAAAUCCAACCAUGGCGAAUUUUGGGGUAGUGCAAUAAAGAAGUUGUCUGAAAUGCGCUUUGUCAGCAUCAGUACUCACUGCCCUGUGCAUACGACCCCAGUACUCAAACAUUGGCAAGCAACAAUUGGCGGGUUUCAAACCCUGUGGCAAUUGUUGCAAAGAUUAGGAUUCAAGUACUUCAGGCCCAGAUAUUUAAAUCAGGAUCCACUUGAAAAUUUUUUCGGGUGCAUCCGCAGUUUAAAUUACAGAUACACGAAUCCCACAGCAAAACAUUUCAAAAGCAAUUUUAAAACACUAUUAGUCAAUAAUUUAAGUUCGAAAAAUAGUUUCGGAAAUUGCGAAACGAUUUGCGAUGGCAAUUUGUUGUUAACACUUGAAACACUAAAUACUGGCACUCCAAACCAUAAUCAGGAAUAUCCCAUUGAAAACAUGUUACACCAGAGCACACCAGGUAACUUGUUUCCAAUUUUGGACAAUAGAAACAGUUUUUUAAGCCAGACAAAUUAUAAAGUAUUAAGACAUCGAUCAAUUAGAAUGUGCGCUGAUUGCUGUGCAGCAGUAUCAGAGCAGAAUAGCAGCGUUCAAAAUAACUUUAAAAAAACAUAUCAGCUCCUGCUGCAACAUUUGCCAAAUAUUUGUCAUACGCAGCAGUUAAAAAUGCAAUUGAAAACUAUUUUAUUAAUUAAUAUUAAUUAUUCUUUUCAUUGUACCAAACACGGCAAUAUUUUAACAGAUAUUUAUGUCAAUGAAUUAGUCACUAUCGUCGUAACGGCGUGGUGCAAAUUUAUAAACACUUUGCUAAAGAGAAGGCGAAGCAUGAAUACAACUACCCAUAUAAUUUAUAUAGAAGCGAUUAAAAAAGGCGAAAAAAAUGUAUUGCGCAGCAACAGGACAGUUUAA